AUGCCGAGUGAAGAUCCGGCGCGCCUGCUCAUUGCCCUGUUCACAGCGGCACAGGACCAGAAGAAAGCCCAGGGUCGGGAGGGAUGGGGACGGAUAAACACAGAGCGCACGCCCGCGUGUCCGUCCACCUCAGAGCAGGCAGACAGGGAGGGGGCGACACGCCGGGGAAGGAAGUGCAUCACCACAGGAAGACAGAAUGGCUCCGGCCCCACCAUUGGGACUCCAGAGGAAGCCUCGCUCAGCCCCUCGUCUCCUGCCGGCUUGGCCCCUGGGCUGGCCCUGGGGACACCUGACCCACUUUCCCGAGGCCACGUUGCAGCAGAGCGCCUUUGCGAUGCAGUCUACAGCCUCGCAGCGGCUCUGCACUUGACCUGGGGGAAGGCUGGGCUGCCUUGCCGCCUCAUGUGUUUCCUGCUCUUCAAUCACCUGGCUGCAGCCCUGUUCCUGGAGCGCCAGCAGACAAAUGCCUGCCUCUGCCAGCUCCUUGCCUCCUGCCAGCCGAUGUCCUGCCCUGCAUGGGCCCCUGGGGAGGCCCUUCAUUGUUGGUUCCCGAGCUCGUGCCGGGUCCCUUCUGAGUGCCAGGGGCCGCCAACACGGAGGGCGAAGACAGACGGGGCAGCAAACACUUCGACGCUGCACCCACGUGAGACCCACAAGCCAGGCCACGGGUUCCGCGUGGUGCUGCCUCACAGCUGUCUCUGCCACGUCACCUGUGCGGCUCUUCUUCCACAGAGGCACAGCUGGGAGUGGCACCUGCCGCACCUACAGAUCUCAGCGCACCCAACCACACUGGGCAGAGACGCGUCGGGAGGGGGCAUGGUCACCAGGGAACCCUUCGGAGAUGCCAUGCUGGACCAGCACUCUUGGGCGCAGUGCCCAUGGUUUCCUGCUCUUGCGGUCCUCAGCACCUGGCCCAGAUUCCGACACCAGCUGCCCGACUGCCCCCCACCCCGCUCCUCAUCCGAUGGUUCUGCUCGCUCCUGUUCCACCUGGAUUCCUCUGCACACACAGAACCUGUCACGGCCCCUGCGGAGCUGGGCCCAUGCUUCUGCCCUGCUCCCCACGCCCCUCCCGUCCAGGCCCCUGCCCCCAGUCAACCAGGAAACCUGA